GAAAUUUUUUGAAAACUAAACAAGGCCUAACAUCCAGAGCCCAGAGGCCAUGGCCUGCCGUCGGUCAGCUCGUCUCGCCGGCUUAAACAAGUGGACCUGCCCCGUGCACGCUUGUCGGCCCGUUCUCUUGCUCAGCCCAAAUCGCGCGCCACGGCCCCUCGCCCCCUCCUCUCCUCCCCGUCGACGCAGCGCCGCACCGAUCGGCGACUGAAACACAACACCUGCCUUCCUCCCGCCCGGCCGCCGCAGCCGAGCAGCCCCUCCACUUUCUCCAUCUCCAGGCCGCUCAUGCUCCACCGCCUCGCCCACUCCCGCGUGUGCCACUGCUUUAUCCUCCCCACAUCCCGCGCGCUCUCCAACGCUCCCGCUCCCACUCCACCCGCUGCGGCGCCGCUCUCGGCCGCGGACCUCGAGCAACUCCUCCGCCGCUGUCACUACUCUGCCUCCACCCACCGCUUCCACUCCCUCCUCCCCCUCCUCACGCACCCCUCCGUCCUCCUCUCCUCCGCGCUCCACCUAAGCCGCCGCUCGCACCCAUCCCUCCCCACCCCGCCCCACCCCCCACCAAUCACCAUUGCCGCCGCCGCCGCCGCGUUCUCAUCCCCAUCGUCCCACCUCCGCCUCCUCCUCCCGUCCCGCCUCAAGGGUCAGCCGCUCCCCGUCCCCACUUUCCCGCUCCGCCUCGCUUUGCGCUGCGCCGCCUCCGUCCUCGACGCCGUGUUCGCCCCGCGUGCGGCCACCUUCGCUUACCGCGGCCGCCACGCAGCCGUCAGAUACCUCAAGUCCAUUCCCAGCGCGUCCUGGUUCUUCCGCGUCGCCAUCCCGCGCCAGCCCUUCUCCCCCCACCACGUUCGCCGUCUGCUCGGUGCUAUCUCCAGUAAGGUCGAUGAUCCCGGUUUCCUGGAUUUCCUGAACGAGCUGUUCGUGUCUGAUGCAGUCGCGUUUGAGCUCGGUGGCUGCGAGCUCGGACGCGGGCUGCCACAGGAAUCAGAGCUCACUGGCACGCUAGUGAACAUAUUCUUCAACCUUGUGGAUGGAGAGAUAAUGGCCAUCCGUGAGGAAGUGCACAAAAAGCAUCCUAGAAUGAAGGAUGACAGCGUUCGGCAUACACCUGUGAGAGUGUAUGCAAUUCGGUAUCUAGAUGAUAUUCUGGUUGUGACGUCUGGGUCAAAGAUGCUCACAAUUGAGAUCAGGGACAGGAUAAUUGCAGCCUUGGAGAGGGAUUUGGAGGUGAAGGUGGACAGGUUGGGGAGCUCAAUCCACAGUGCUGUAUCAGAGAAGAUUGAGUUCCUGGGGAUAGAAUUCCAAGCUGUGCCACCGUCAGUCUUGCACCCACCCAUGUCAGAGAAAGCGAAGAGGGCAAGGAAGAAGUAUCUGAAGAUGAAGGCUGAAAAGGCACAGGAGCUGAAAAAUGCACGGGAGACGAGGCGGAAGAAGCUUGGCUUGAAGAUACUGAACCACUUAUUCAAGAGGAUGAGGAGGGGUGAGGAGUUUGAAUUCGAUUUCCGGAUCGAGAAAGAGGUGCAGCAAGUGUUUAGGGACUGGGCAGAGGAGACAGUGGCCGAAUACUUCGAAUCGCAUGAGCAUUGCCAAUAUUGGCACCGACUGCUCACGUCAGGUGACUUCUUGUCAUUGAAUAGGGUGAGAGAUCAAUUGCCACCUGCCUUGGUGGACUCAUAUGAUAAAUUACAAGAGACAGUUGACAAGUUUUUGAUGCCCAUGAGAGGCCAUGACAUGACAGAAGAAGAGGAGAGGCUAGCUGAGGAGGAAGAAGAGAAACAAUAUGAGAAGAGGACUGUUGAGGACUUGACAGAGCUUAAGAUGAGGGCCAAUGUGCCGAUAGAUCUUGUAAGGAAGGCGGUAAAGCUUGCUGGAUUCACAAAUUCCAUGGGCCGGCCACGUCCAAUUAAGCUACUUCUCUGUUUGGAUGAUGCAGAUAUCAUCAAAUGGUAUGCUGGCGUUGGAAGGAGGUGGCUAGAUUUCUUCUGCUGUUGUCAUAACUUCAAGAUGGUCAAGACUGUUGUCACUUACCACUUGAGGUUCUCCUGCUUCUUGACAUUAGCAGAGAAGCACGAGUGCACUAAGAGGCAAGCGAUUAGCCAUUUCACAAAGGAUUUGAAGGUAGCAAAUGAUGUUGGAAUGCCAGAAGUGCACUUCCCAACAGAACGUGAGAUCAGAAUGAUUGGUGAUAAAAACUUGUCUGACCCAAAGCCUGUGGAUGGUGCCUUGACGAUGAUAUUGGUGAGAUUAGCAGUUGAUGGCACCUCCUAUCCAUGUCUAGCACAUUUUUGUGCAAAAACAGAAACUGUGCUUUACAGAAUACGUUUGCUGCAAAAUCGCCUAAAUGUUGAUCCGUUGAAUGAAAAGAAAUGGGUCCAUGGAUUAGGUGGCAUUCAUGAAAGUUUGAACAAGAAAUGUCUCCCCUUGUGCUCUAUGCAUGCAAGUGAUCUCUUUCUUGGCAAGAUCACUCUUCAAGAUAUUGACUGUACUCAAUUUGUUGACGUGGAAUGAGAAAAAAACUGUAUUUGUGCAAUACUUCUUGCAGAUCAUAGCUCAUGCAUUACUGCAGGUUGUGCCCAGUGCAUUGGAUAUUAUUUCCUUUUUAGUUUUUUUUUGGACUUAAUGCUUCAUCAUGUGUGUUUCGAUACAAUGUAGAAGAAACACACAUAGGGUUGUCAAAAACCUUCAUUACUAAUUGCAAGACUGCAUGCAGUGUGGGACUUCAGGCAAACUAUGUACAUAUCAUGAUAUCAAUAAUACUCAAGCUCAGUGCUGCAUCAUCGAUUGGCAACAGGAUAUACUGCUCCGCUAAGAGACUUCUGAUACUCCUCUUUUUAGACACAUGAGAAAGAUGAUCGGGUCCAUGGAAUUGAGAACAGCAUAUUCAUUUGUGCCUCUAGGCAGCAGCCAAGAUUACAUGAUUGCUAUCUUAUGUGCAGGGCACCUUGGUCCACCAGAGUGACAGUUCCCCAUGCCAUCCACGAGGACAGCGGGGGAAAUCUGGUGGUUGCCAUAGUGCAGCUGCGGCCUUGUUUAGUUCCGGAAAGUGAAAAGUUUUCGGGUGAAGUAAACAAGGCCUGCGUCGUCACUUCAAAUCCACAGCAACUCUGAGCCGCAGUAUAAUGUAUGCACGUUGUGACUGCAAGUUGGAAAGAUCACCAUCUGCAGCAAAGAUUGCUAAUUUGGACAAUUACCAGUUACUACCAAUAAUAUGGGCAAUAAUUGAUGGCCCCAAUUCUGGCAUGUCAUCUUCACAUCGGAUACGAGGGUGAAGUUUUGUGGGCCGUCUGCCUGUGCAUCCUGCCGGUGCCAGCAUCGGUAUGGGCAUGAACAGCAGCACUCCAGUUCCAGAAACCCCAUCCAUUCUUCAACUGCAUCGAAGUCAACUGUUCACAGCAAGUGUGAAAAAAAAGCCAGUUGCUGACUGUACACGCCGGUCUGUCUAUCGGCCCUGCACGGCACGCAUCUUGCAGUUUUGUUUUCAUUGACGAAGGCCGAGAACUCAGAGAAACUGUGUGGGCGCGCGACGUUUCACACCGCGGGCAUCGGAAGACGGUGCCGGGACGAGUAAAAGAAUGCCCCCACUUGCCAAAGGCGGCUUCGAUACAUGAUCAGGAUCCCGGGACGAUUCGGGUGGAGCACGUGGAGCUCGUCGCAUGCCCCCACGCGCGGUACAGCCUGACUGCCUGAGCCUCAGCCCCAUCCCUCCAUCCAUCCAUCCAUCCGAAGCCCCCGGAGGACCUCCCAACAACCAAGAAACAUGUCAGUAUGUCACGCCUUUCCAGUUUCCAAAUCCGCAACUGGAGGAGCUACGAAAUGGCAGGACGAAAACGUCGCUGUUGCCGCGGAUUCUUAUCGGUUCAGUUUUGUAGACGGGGCUUUUCUUUUUUGAAACUGAAUCCACAGUCCUUUAAUCCUGCAUGGACACAUAUGGUUUUGACGUUUCGUUUACACGCUUAGAGCACUUUUGCGACAUUUUACGCCAAAAGAGUGGGCUUCGCUUUGUGCUA